ACCGACACCACGCUGCCUGCCCGAUUGCAGCGCCUGGACCGCUACCUGGAGCCUCCCGGAACCCCACCCCCCAGCCUUCGUGUGCCCAUUUCACAGAUCGCUCUGGGCCCUGACCUCUCUGUCCGUUGCUCUGUCUGCAGCCAUCCGCGACCAGACCUCCCAGCCACGGACGGCCCCUGGGUCAGCGGUCAGUGCCCUAGAUCCAACGGAGAUGGGAUCAGAGGUCCGGGAGCGCCCUCCUCAAGCGGGUCCAAAGGCCGAGCUCCAGGGACCCGUCCCCUAAGAGCAAGCUGAGCAGUCAGUGGCGGGUCAGUUCCAGAAGAUCAGAGGGUCUAGGAGGCCUCUCUUCUCAGGUGCUGGCGUCGGGCCCCCGGUCGGGCCGCUGGAGCCUCCUUCCCCUGAGGCCAAACAGGUUGGUCGGAAGAGAGCGCCCUCCCUGGGUCGGCUGAGGAGUGCCGACCGGGUAACUGGAGAGCCACCUCGCACGCCUGACUGUCCGACCCAGCCUGGCCGCGGGGUCCCCAGCAGGGGGCGGCCUCGCUCCGCGCCGCCCGCUCCUCCCGCAGCCGCCGCCGCCCCGGCUGCCGCUCCUCCCCCGGCCCCGCCUCCCUGGCCCCCGCGCCGCCCGCCUGUCCGCCGGUCUCUGCAAGGCCGUCGGUCCGUCCGUCCGCCCUCCCGGCGCUCCUCCGCCCUGGCCCCGCUAUCCCGGCCGCGCACGUCGCUUCCUCGGUCCCGGCCACCGCUAGCUGGUUCCCCGCCCCCGGGCCGGCCGCCGCCGCCGCUACUCGAGGCCGGGGAUUGGCAGUGCGCGUAGGCCGCGCCGCCGCCGCUGGAGCCGGAAUAAAGGGGCAGCCGAGAGAGCAGCCGGACGCCACUCGCCCCGCGCCUGACCCCGCGGGCGGCCUGGAGCAGAACCAAUCAUCGGGGAAGGGCAGAGCCUUUCUGGCAUUGCUGGCACCCUGCCUUGAAGAGCCCCCUGUCCUGCAGGCAGAGCCUUGUAAUUUAUCUUGGUUAAUGACUUGGGCGGUCUGACCAGUCCCUCUUCCGUGCCUUGUCUGAGGUUUUUGUCCAUACCUGAUCCUAGGCAGCUUCUGUCUGGGUUGGAUCACCUUAAGUGGGAAACUGAAGCCAUUACUCUCCAAACCCUGUUUCAUCCUCCCAAGCAUGUCGGAAAGCUGGCAGCAGCCACCGCAGACGCAGCCACAGCAGCCUCAGCCACCACAGCCUCAGCACCAUGCAGAACCGCCGCCGGCCCUGGCUGAGCACGCGCUGCCCCCAGGCUCAGCUGAGAACCCCCUGGGCUGUGCUGUCUAUGGCAUCCUCCUGCAGCCCGACCCGGGCCUCCAGCCCCCGCAGCACGCGCCCCUGCAGGCAGCUGGUGAGCCGGGCCCCAAGUGCGGUGUGUGCGGUCACGACCUGGCACACCUGUCCAGCCCGCAUGAGCACCAGUGCCUGGCGGGCCACGACCGCUCGUUUCAGUGCACGCAGUGCCUCAAGAUUUUCCAUCAGGCUACCGACCUGCUGGAACAUCAGUGCGUGCAGGCCGAACAGAAGCCUUUUGUCUGUGGCGUCUGCAAGAUGGGCUUCUCGCUGCUCACCUCGCUGGCACAGCACCACAGCGCGCACAGCGGCACCGGUGGCCUCGUGAAAUGUUCCAUCUGCGAGAAGACCUACAAGCCCGCCGAGGCCGCUGAGCCCGCAGCCACCGCUGCGUCUGCGCUGCCGCCGGCAGCCGCGCCGCCCGCCGUGGCUCCCGCCGAACAGGCCGACAAGCCCUACAGCUGCUCCAUCUGCCAGAAGCCCUUCAAGCACCUGUCGGAGCUGUCGCGGCACGAGCGAAUCCACACGGGCGAGAAGCCGUACAAGUGCACGCUGUGCGACAAGAGCUUCAGCCAGUCGUCCCACCUGGUGCACCACAAGCGCACGCACAGCUCCGAGCGGCCCUACAAGUGCGCGGUGUGCGAGAAGACCUUCAAGCACCGCUCCCACCUGGUGCGCCACAUGUACGCACACUCGGGCGAGCAUCACCUGUUCCGCUGCAACGUGUGCGAGCUGCACUUCAAGGAGUCCUCGGAGCUGCUGCAGCACCCGUGCACGCCGAGCGGGGAGCGGCCCUUCCGCUGUGGCGAGUGCCAGAAGGCCUUCAAGCGGCCGUCGGACCUGCGGCAGCACGAGCGCACGCACAGCGCGGAGCGUCCCUUCAAGUGCGAUCUGUGCCCGAUGGGCUUCAAGCAGCAGUAUGCGCUGAUGCGGCACCGGCGCACACACAAGACGGAGGAGCCCUUCAAGUGCGGCCUGUGCGAGAAGGGCUUCGGGCAGCCCAGCCACCUGCUCUACCACCAGCACGUGCACACCCUCGAGACCCUCUUCAAGUGCCCCGUGUGCCAGAAGGGCUUCGACCAGUCGGCCGAGCUGCUGCGGCACAAGUGCCUGCCGGGCGCGGCCGAGCGGCCCUUCAAGUGCCCCGUGUGCAACAAGGCUUAUAAGCGGGCGUCGGCCCUGCAGAAGCACCAGCUGGCCCACUGCUCGGCAGCCGAGAAGCCUCUGCGCUGCACUCUGUGCGAGCGCCGCUUCUUCUCAUCCUCGGAGUUUGUGCAGCACCGCUGUGACCCAGCCCGCGAGAAGCCACUCAAGUGCCCGGACUGCGAGAAGCGCUUCAAGUACGCGUCAGACCUGCAGCGGCACCGGCGGGUGCACACGGGAGAGAAGCCCUACAAGUGCCCCAAUUGUGAUAAGGCCUUCAAGCAGCGGGAGCAUCUCAACAAGCACCAGGGUGUGCACGCCCGCGAGCAGCAGUUCAAGUGUGUGUGGUGCGGCGAGCGCUUCCUGGACGUGGCCCUACUGCAGGAGCACAGCGCGCAGCACAGCGCGGCGGCUGCGGCUGCGGAGGGCGCCUACCAGGUAGCCGCCUGCCUGCCCUGAGUGAGCGCCUUGGCCCCCAUCCUGUCCCCGCCCAGACUCCUCGCAUUGAGCCCUCUACCUGGCCCGUGGUCUGAGGCCCUGGGCCUUGAGUGACCCUGAGGACAGAUGGCAC